AUGGAACAAGUCCAUGGCGUCGACGUCAACAAAUUCAACAAGGCCGGGUUUGCGCCCAUCAAGACUCCCGUUGCUACUGUACAGCCACGAAGUGUCCCUACCGAUUCCCCGCUCAAGCUGAGCCCCCAAUCAACUGCUGAAAAGACUGAGGUCAAGACCGAGCCCAAGGUCGAGACCAACGGGAAGCCAAAUGGCCGCACGGAACCAAUUCCUGUGAAUGGCUCAAACAACGCCAGGCGCCUCUCACGGUCGGGCUCCGUGGAUAAGCAAAAUAGCCCCAGUGCGACACCACCUCACCGUCGCAACUCAUGGUUCUCCAACAUCUCAGCCAAAUUUUCGGGCUCAGUCCCUCAAGCAAAUGGACAGCCCCAGCAGCCCAGCAAUCAGCAGCAGCCACCUUCACAACAGCAGCCACAACAGCCUCCAGCAAACUCAGAGCCUAUUGUCCCAAAGAUUACGCCGACCAAGAAUGCCGUUCUCCAGCAUGGGCUGAAACCAGAGGGCGAUGAGCCUUACACGCCGGCUCCUCCGAGAUCGGGCCAAGCUGGUCUGCUUGGCGUUUUUCGGCGCCUGUCUUCCUCAGGAGGAGGUAACAGCGGUCCUCUCGGUCCCGCCGGUAAGCUCAACCACGGACUGGUCGAACGCCGGAUAUUGAACGUGGAUCGGGACCGAGAGAGGUGUCCAAUCACGGAACUCAAGGAUAACAAACUGAGGCGCGUAUCGUUUUUCGUCGAUGUCGAGAUUGCCCCCAUGCCAAAGUAUGCAGAAACUGAGUCAGAAACGAACUCGGUCGACCACGCCCAAAAGAAGAAAAUGAGCGAGAAGGGCGAGGGCGAAGCAUUGAAGAACGCCAAGGUUGCCGAAGCACAAAAAGAAGCUUCCUCUUCAUCAACCGAGAGCGUCGGCGUCAAUGAGGCCAAGCCCCGUGAGGCCGAGGCAAAGCAGGCCACACCAACGCAGAAUGGCGUAAAGAGAGCGGAUAGUCCAGACGAUUCAAAAGCAGCACCAAAGGACAUGACGAGAAAGAAGGAAAAGAAGAAGCGAAGUGAAGAGGAGCGCAAGGCUAGGAAAGAAAAGAGACGCCGGAUCGCCGAAGAGAGCGGAGCCAUCCCUAUAGAGAUUCACUACGAUAGCAGCGAUUCCGCCGAGCUCAAUGGCAACGGAACCCCAAAGACGAGCACCUCUCCCACGAUAAACCCGGUUAGAAUCUAUCGAAGAUGCUGCCAGCUUCGCGAAACGCCCAUCUUGAAGAAGAUUACCGAGCAGCUGAGCGACCCGAGCAAUGCUGCGGCCAAUGGAUUAGUCAACAAGAUAGAUUUGACGGGCUAUUUCAUGCAGCUGCAGGAUCUCAUCACCUUGGGAGAUUACCUUGCCAUCGUGCCUGUGAGGGAGAUUAUUUUGCAAAACAGCGGGCUUAGCGAUGAAGGCGUUAGAGUCAUUCUGGCGGGCCUAUUAGCAGCGAAGCACUCCGAAAUGGCCAGGCGCAGGAAGGCCAAGCAUGUCCACGAGGAAUCAGGCGGAGUGGUGGAGAGAGUCGUGUUGAAAGAAAAUAAGCUGGGUCCGGACGGCUGGAAGCACAUUUCGCUUUUCAUCUACAAGUGCCGAUCGCUUAAGUACCUAGAUCUCUCUAGUAUUCCGUUUCCGCGCCAAGCGUCCACAAACACCAACGGCGGUCUUCAAAAUGGUGUACAUAUUCCCCUCACUAUAGCCGAUAUCUUCGCUAAGGCGCUCGCGGACCGCCCAGCGGGACCUGCGCUCGAGAUGCUCAGUAUCAGCGAGACCGAGCCGAGCAUGGAGCAACUGGGUAAAAUCAUCGACGGAGUCGUCAAAUGCGGCAUAAAACGACUCAGCACUGCUCGAAACCCACUCGACAAUGAUGGCGUUCAGCACGUGGUGAAAUACCUCGAGUGUGGGAAAUGCGAAGGACUUGAUUUGGGCGGCAUCGAUCUCAGGGAGCAUAUGGACACCAUUGCCGCCGCCAUCAAGGAGACUGAUCCGCUAUGGGCACUGAGUAUAUCCGAUUGCAACUUGACCCCUUCGUCUCUUUGCAAGAUGCUUCCUAUUCUGGCCAAGCUGCAAAACUUCGUCUUCAUCGACCUUUCGCACAAUCAUGAUCUUUUCCAGUCAACGCCAAGCGCCGUUGGUCUACUUCGAAGAUAUCUACCCAAAAUGCAAACCCUCAAGAGGUUGCAUCUUUCGGAUGUUAACAUGACAUCUGAGCAAGCCAUUGCGAUAGUCGAAGUCGUGCCAGAGGCUCAGCAUCUCUGCCAUCUUAGCCUGCUUGGAAAUGCGGACAUCGUGGCGCUGGCCAGCGCCAAGACCGAAGAAGCCCAGGAAGAAGCCUGCGCUCUGUAUGCAUCUCUGAUGGCUGCCACUAGGCUAUCCAAGAGCAUGAUAUGUGUGGAUAUUGAAGUUCCCCACGAGGAGGCUGGCGAAAUUGUCAAAGCAAUGGCAAAGCAGGUUGUGGCUUACUGCCUACAGAACAUUGAGCACAUGCAUGAUGCGGAGAUCAACAAGGCAGUGGCUACGGCCCUCGCCGAAGCCAAGGGAGAGACUGUCGACGGCAAAACCCCAGGUUAUCCUGAUGUGCUGGCACAUCUCGUCGGUCAUGAUGUCCUUCAGCACGAUGACUACGAUGACGACGACUCAGGGCCAGACGAGGACUACGUCAUCGGUGGUACAGGUGUGGUCAAGGCGCUUGCGUGCUGUCUCAAGAACCGUGGCGAUGAAUCCCGCCGGGCAUCUGGGGAAUUCUUCCGGGAGCUGGGCGCGGGAGAGGAAGAGCCUUUCAUCGGACCCAGACUGUCCACUGGUGGCAAGGCUAAGGAUUUGUCGAAGCACUUGUUAGCUGGUGCUCGCAAGAUCAGACUUCGUCUCCAGCCAGCACUGAACAAGGCCAGGGCAAAUCCAAACGACGAGGUCAACUUGCGAAAGCUCAACUUCCUGGACGAUACGCUGCAGGGUAUCAUCAAACGAUUCGAGGACGAGUAUCCCGAUACUCGCGAGCAUACAGAAGAUGUAGUGACUAAGGCGCCGGCAUCCCAGGCGGAGGCGGAAAUACUCUCAACAUCGCCGCCAACUGCAGAGGAUGCCGUGGCAGCCGGAUCCGAUGCUGAAGACGACGGCGAGCUUGUGCCACAUACCCUCUCACGAUCCAACUCGAUAUUGGGCAAGAAGCUGGCGGAAGAAGAAGGACGUGUGCACCGUGCUGGGCACAGGUUCCGAUCUGGAUUUACUGAACAUCUUGAUCUGCUGACCACCCUCGCCGACGUGGAGAACGACCCCAAGCACGUACAUGUGUUUGGAGAGCUUGCCGAAGAUGUUGGUGGCGAGUUUUUGGAGUUGGCAAAGAAGAAGGGUGCUGUUCAAGCCUUUAAGGAGGACAAGGAGAUGUUGUUCUCAGCGUUGAAGGAGAGUGACCCUGAAUACUGGGAACGCUUUGUCGAAGCGCAGGGCAAGGCUCGUGCCAAUAUCAACCUGCCUGCCGCUGAGAAGAAUGAAGAGAAACUGCAGCAAGCUCAGGCAGAUGAGAGCGCCAUUGCCGACUAAGCCGGUGUAUGGCCCUUCUACUUCUUUCCUAUUGGCAGUUCCCCUUUUUUCUUUUCCUUUCUUGGUGACUAUUAUUUCCGGGAGAAUUUUUGGGUUUCUAUCCUUUUUUUUCCCCCUUUCUAUUUUCUUGAUUUAUCUGACGUCUGUCUUUACCUCGAGGUGGAUGGACUUUUUUCUUUUUUCUUUUUGGAUAUUGCUAUCAGCGAUGAAAUUGCAUGGCAACGGCGCUCGUUUUCAUCCCUCUGCGAAGGGUUUAGUGGAUCACUUAUUGGGCAUCACUGGGAUUUUGGCGUGUGUAUCCGGCAAGGGGGAAUCUAUAUUGGAUAAGAGCUGUUGUUAUUUCACCGAGCAUUUGCCUGUUCUGUUCGUAUGUCGAGGCAGUUUCGGUUCCGUCUCGGCCUUAUAAAAGUUGGCAUUGUUUCCCCCUUUUCCGUGUGGUUUGCCGCAGAACGGUUGGGAUAGGAUUACUUGAUGGUUUUUAAGUGAUUCGAAUAAAUACUACGAUCGUGUACGAGUAGUCAGUCGUUGAGAAUAAUAGGCAUAUACCAGUGG